GGGACCCCCGGCGCUCACCGGCACCCCCGGCACCCCCGGCACCCCCGGCACCCCCCGUGGCCAGCAGGGACCCAGCGGGGCCGGGCCCAGCGGGACGGCGGGGCGAGGUGAUCAUGGCUCUCUACAACAAUGGGGCUGAUGUGCCUUCGCCCCAGGAAGCCUCCAAUGGCUUCCCCCAGCCCGGUGCCUCAGGAACAUGGCACAAGGGCGAGGAGGAGGUGCGGCUGGUGGAGCCCAGCAUGGUGAAGAAGGCUCACCGGGAAAUCCUGGACCAUGAGCGCAAGCGGCGGGUGGAGCUGAAGUGCAUGGAGCUGCAGGAGAUGAUGGAGGAGCAGGGGUACUCCGAAGAGGAGAUCCGGCAGAAAGUGGGGACCUUUCGGCAAAUGCUGAUGGAGAAGGAAGGUGUGCUCACCAGGGAGGACCAGCACGGGCGCCAAAUUGUGAUAGAAAACCACCGCGGGGCGGAUGGGGAGGAGUACGCGGUGGAGUAUCCCGACUACGGAGAGGGCUGCCUGCUGCAGUGCGACUGCUCGGCCGAGUGCUACCGCGAGGACAGCGGCCACCGCGAGUACAGGCUGAAAAGACGCUCGAGCAGCUCCACUUCUCCUCCACCCAAGAAGAAAAAGAAGAAGAAAUCGGGUCACCGCCGGAGCCGCAAAAAGAGGAAACCCGGCUCAGAGCGCAGCUGUGACAGCUCUUCACCCAUCCGAAAGGAAAAGAAAAAGAAGACUGGAAAGAAACACAGACGUGACAGGUCUGAAUCGGGGUCACGAAAAAAGAGAAGACACAGGUCCCGAAGCCCCAAGAACAAACGGAAAGAGAAAAACAAAGAGCGCAAGAGGUCCCGCAGUGAGUCCCCGGCCUGGCGCUCGCACCGCCGCAGCUCCUGCAGCUCCCACAGCGCCUCGCUCUCCUCCGACGACAGCGGCUCGAAAUCCCCCGGCAGGCUGAGCCCCAAGCGCCGGCAGGAUGGCCCCAAGGGCAGCAGCGCCCGCUCCAGCCGCAGCCCGUCCUCCCCCUCGCCCCAGCGCUCGGCCUCGCCGCACCAGAACGGGCACAAGGGCAGCGCCCAGAACGGCCGCCACAGCCACGGCGCCCCGCUCCCGGAGCCCUCGGAUAGGCCGGCCUCGGCGUCCCCCUCUCCGCGGGCUCACGGCAGGACGGAGCCGCCGUCCCCCCGCACCCGGGGGGGCCGACACGGCGCCCGCAGCUCCCGGUCGCCCACGCCGGAGCGGGCCAAGCACGGCCACCGGCAUCGCUCCCGCAGUGCCUCGCCGCCGUCCCGACACCGCGGCCAGAGCAAGGGGCGGCCUCCUGCUCCCCGGGAGCCGCCGCCGCCGCCGCUCAGCCCCGCCGGCUACAGCAGCGACUCGGAGGGCUCGGCCGGCUCCCACCCCUACCACCCGCCGGCCGGCCCCGACAGGAACCACGGCGCCCACGGCAAGAAGGUGAAGGAGCGGCACCACCGGGGCCGGCCCAACAGCAGCUCGGAGUCGUCAGCCAAGCACUCCCGGCACGCCUCGGAGCGCAGGAAGAGCCCGUCCCCCAGUCCCGGCCAGCGCAGCAGCUCCUGGAGCUCCAGCGGCUCCCUCUCCAAGUCCCGCUCCCGCUCCCGGGAGAAGAGAGCAGCACGCAGCCGCUCCCGCUCGCCCUCGCCGAAAAAGCCAGCCAGCAGAGAGAAGGACAACGAGCCCCGAACACGUCACGGUGAUCCCGAUCCCGCCCGCGCCCGGCGCCGCUCCAGGAGCUACUCCCCCAUCAGGAAGCGGAGACGUGACUCCCCCAGCUUCAUGGAGCCCAGGAGGAUCACCAGCGCCCGCAAGCGUCCCAUCCCCUACUACCGGCCCAGCCCCUCGUCCUCCAGCUCGCUGAGCACCUACUCGUACAGCCGGAGCCGCAGCCGCAGCUACGACAGCUACAGCUCCAGCCGCAGCCGCAGCCGGACUCGCAGCCCCCCCAGCCGCUCCCGCAGCCCCAGCCGCAGCCCCAGCUACAACAGCCGCAGCAGCUCGGAGAGCGCCGGCUUCUGAGCCCCCCCGGCACCCGGCCGCAGCCCCCCGACAGCCCAGCUCUGCCCCCUCCAUGCCACCUGCGCCCCCAGAAGGGACGGGACCACCGG